UCUGAAGGCCAUAUAAACUACUGUGCUUCAUUGUUUCAGUGACUCUCUGCUUGUGAGCUCCCUCAGUUGUUUUAUUCUGAGCUUUUAAGAUGGCUGUGAUUCAUGCAGAAGUCAGUGUCUGGAGUAAACCAUGGGAUUGGAGGUUUCAUGUGUAUGGAGGACAAGUGUGCAAUACACUGAUGGCAGGUUCCUGGGAUGAUAGAACACCUCUACAUGAUGCUGCAUUGCAAGGAAGAUUGCUGCCCCUGCGAAGACUCCUUUCACAGGGGUACAGUGUGGACAUGGCUACAUUAGAUGGAAUCACUCCACUUCAUGAAGCAUGUGUUGGAGGCCAUUUUACCUGUGCUAAACUUCUUCUGGAGCAUGGAGCUGAUGCGAAGGCAGUUUCUAUUGACGGAACCACUCCUCUCUUUAGUGCAUGCUGUAGUGGAAACCCCACCCUCGUCAGCCUUAUUUUAAUGUACAGCUCCGUCCACCAUCCGGCUCAUCUGCUGAGGUCACCUCUUCACGAAGCAGCACAGAGAGGUCACACAGCAUGUGUUGAACUGCUGCUCUCUCAUGGUGUGAAUGUUGACAUGGAGGUGCCCAACAUAGGAACACCGCUGUACUGUGCAUGUGAAUACAAGAACACAGAGUGUGUACAAAGUCUCCUGAUCUCAGGUGCUGAUGUGCAGUGUGGUCGGGGUCUCGACACACCUUUACAUGCUGCAACCAGGGUCAGUGGGGCAAAGGAGGUGGAACUUCUGUUAGAACAUGGUGCUGAUAGGACAUCAAGAAACGCUGAGGGAAAGAAACCAGUGGACUUGACUACAGAUCAGAACAUUAAACAUCUCCUGCAAACUGCAGGCCCGUGCUCCCUGUCUCAACUGUGCAGAUGGUGUAUUCGCCGUUCCCUGGGUCAGAAAAGAUUAAAUAAAACCAAGAUGCUCCGCUUACCACAUACCAUACACAAUUACCUUCUCUACCAUUAAAACACACACAUGUGCAUAUACAUACAACCCUGUUUUUGUCGUAGCAUAACUCGUACAGUACAAUAAUCUUGUGUGCUUUUUAAAAUACACAUUUCUUAUUUGUAAAUAACCUUUGUGAAA